UGAAAUAAUUAUACAAAAUAAUUUCUGUGACAUUUUUUUAUAACAUGACCAAAAAACUAAACAAACAAAAAAACAGGUUAUUUUAGAUACUAAAAUUCCCAAUGAAGAGUUCAACUGGCCAGAUAAGUAGACUAUUAAAUAUUUUGUUCACAAAUAACGAAUAAAAUCUUUGCAUUAUAUUUUUUGUAUGUAAUAGAAAUAGAAAUGAAUGAAUUCACUAAUGGAUAAGCAAAGACGCGCGCGCACACACUCAUACGUUUCACCCAGCAGCCUCUUGUUUGUGCUCGAGACCCUCCGCGCAGUUUCAGGUCGCGCGCUGCUCCAUCAUCACGAGAGCUCGUGACUGACCGGUUUCCUCGCGUAGGACUGUCAAAGCUCGAGCGGAUGGCGCCUCCCCUUUUCCUCUGUGUGACCAACAAUAACUCAUCCGCUGUUUUGCACUGUGCGUUCACACUCAGAGAGGAGAUGUGGUCAGGAUAGAUCUGCGCUCUUUUUCUUCGUGCACCAUACUACGUUUUUUUUUUACUAAACGUAUUGUUGCGUCCGUGUUUUUUUUUUUCCUUUUUCACGUUUUUCUUUUUGUAGUUUUAUUUAUUACAAUGAAGGCCAGCGUGCCGGUUCGCCCUCAUAAGCUUCCUUCUAGCUGCAGUCAGCUCUCCUUGCGUUAUUUGUCGGAGAGCAGCCGAUGCAAAAUGGAAGAUGAGGAUCUUUUCUGUCUGCAGUACGACAUGAACGACUGCUACAGCCGACUCAAACGCUUGGUGCCCACUAUUCCGCAGGAUAAGAAAGUCAGUAAAGUGGAAAUCCUCCAGCAUGUCAUUGACUAUAUUCUGGACCUGCAGCUGGCGUUGGAAACGCACCCUGCGCUCCUGAAACAGACGAGCCCACCCGCUUCCACACGGACUCCACUCACACAAAUCAACACAGAGCAGGUGCGCAAAUGAACCCAUCCAAAGCCAAGCCCAGCUUCACCAGGGAAUGCAACACACAUCUGGCCAAUUACAGUGGAGCAGGACUGAAACUAAUAUCUAAAUAAAAUAAAUAAAUCACAAUUUGUAAACAUUUUGUGGUCAACUAUCAAACAUGCGAUGAUGCCAGUCCGAUUUCUCAUGUGGAUUUGGACAGAGAAUCUGUUCCCACACCAUCUUUUUCUUUGGUAUUUCUUUUUGAAGGCACCUAAGUAAAAAAAAAAAAAAGAACCUGGGUGUAAAUUUACAGUCUCUAAAGCUUUACUAAAGAAAAUGAAAAUGUAAACAUCUGACAUAUAUUGUUAGGUGACGUGUGUUGACCAGGGAUUUCCCUGCUGUUUAAUAUUGUACAAAGCUAUACGUGUUGACUUGAUGAUGUACAUAACAUGCGCGAUGUUCUAUAACUGUAUGUGUAAGAGAAUAUAUGUUCAACCAGCCGAUUUUAAUCAUUCUAAAAUAUUUUUUAUCAAAAAUGUUUUGUUCUGUAAAUACUGUGUUUUCACAUUAAUGUAGUGAAUGAUUACAUUAUGUUCUGUGAAUAAAGUCCUCACAUCUUAA